AUGAGCUACUUUCUGGACAGUGUCUGCACCAUUGUGGGAAUCUUUCACAAGUAUGCCCGAUGCCAGGAUGGCAACCUCGCUCUGAACCGGAGAGAAAUGAAGACGCUUAUCCAGAAAGAGUUUGGUGAAGUCUUGGAGAAUCCUUGCGACCCUCAGAUGAUUGAGCUCACUUUCAAGCUGCUGGACGUCAAUGGAGACAGCUUGGUGGACUUCAACGAGUACCUGAUUUUUGUCUUCCAAAUCGCCAAAGGCUGUUACAGGUACCUGCAGCCCAGAGAGUAUCUUCUUCGGGAUGAAAGGCUGAUGAGCGCCGAGAUCAGAUUCGUCACCGAAGCCCAGUAG